GCCACGUCCGUCCGUGGGGGUGCCGGGGAAGAUGGCGGCCGCCGGUGAGGGGAGCGUCCCGGCCCGCCGCGCUUUCUGCCUCCUCCUGCUCUUCGGCGGGGCCCUGGCAGCCCGCGGAGAGGACCGCGGCGGUGAGCACGAAUCUCUGGAAGUGGAGGUGCUGCAAAGAAAUAUUUCUUCUAGAAGUGAGAAUGAAACACUAAACAGAUUCCAAAAUUUGACAGGUGACUUGCAGAGUGUAACCCAAACAAAAAAUGAUGCAAGCCCAACAGAAAAAGAGGCAUUGCCAACAACUAAAACCAAACUGAUCACACUAAAACCAUCUCCAGCAAAAGGGGAUUUGCCUCCAGGUGAGCUCUCUCAUGCAGUGACUGCUAGUCCUGUAUCUCAAACGGAUGUUGAUGCUUCUGAAGACACUAAAAUUGAGGAAGAAGAUCUUCUGACAGAUUUGAAAGACACACUAAGUAGUUCACCACCCCUCUUAAAAGAAACUCUGGAGUCAGAUGGAGGAGAUGACUAUGUUCCUUAUGAAAUGACAUCAAAUUCCAGAUACAACCCUGACCUUCUAGAGAUGCCAGAAGAUGAUGACUCUGAUGCCAUUAGUAAUUACAACGAGGAGGUCAAGACCCUUAGUGAGAAGAUAAAAGAUGUUUCUGUCACAGGGCUGGAAGAAGAUGAAGAAGACAGCCACUUCUUUUUCCAUCUGGUGGUGGUUGCCUUCUUAGUUGCUGUUGUUUAUGUCACCUAUCACAAUAAGAGGAAGAUCUUCUUACUGGUGCAGAGCCGCAGGUGGAGGGAUGGGUUGUGCUCUAGGACAGUGGAAUAUCAUCGCUUAGAUCAGAAUGUUCAUGAGGCAAUGCCCUCCCUGAAAAUCACCAAUGAUUAUGUCUUCUGAAAGCACUGUGACUGGAGUUUGCUGAACUUACCACUCUUCACCUGCCUAGUCAUGUAUUGAGAUUCAGGUAUCCUAAAUAGGCUGCUUGUACUGGAAUGAGAUGUGCUCUCUUGGACCUGGAUGUUUUGGAGAUGAAAUCUCAUGCAAGAUCAAGGGCAUGAAACAUCUGUUUGUUACUUUGGUCACGUUUUACAUCAACUCUGAAGAUGCAGAGUUUAACAGUUAGUGCUUUUUCCAUUCAUUAAGCAUCAGCCCUCCUGUCUGGUGCAGUCUUAAUAGCAGCAAUACAAGAAAUAAGCAUAAAAUAUCUUAGGUCUAAUAAGUGAAUGACUUCAGCAUCACUAAAUCAAAUUAAUAAUCUCUUUGCUAAUCACUUAUAUGCCUCAUAAAUCUCACUGUAUUGCAAACUUAAAAUAGAAAUCCUGUUUUUCUAUGCUUAAAUCCUGAUGCUGCAAAUCCUUCAUCUUGUUUUUUAUCCAUUCUGUUUUCUUGUUCCAUAACUGGGUCCCAUUGUAGCUAGCAUGGCAAUUCCAUAAUUUCAGGAUGUGUUAAAGCAGUAAAGAAUUUAAAAAUAAUUACAAAGAAGUUAUGUAGCAUAUAUUUCUUUGAAAUAUUCAAGAUCUGUGUGAAGGUGUGCAGCUUCUUGACUCUCCAGUUUUUUUCUCUAAUGGUAUUUCUGACCAUUUAAUUAUCUUUGUAAUUAAUGAAUGGAAAAUAAGCCUUGUUGCAUCAUCUUACUGAAAUACAGAGAGCUGACAGGCUUUCAGUGCAUUGAAGCUUUCUGUUGAAUUUUAAAAUGGUUGGGAAACAGUUCUGUGGUUUGCUGUUACAGAUGGGAGAAGCCUGAGAAUGCAAGAAUAAUUAAUUGUGUUGUUAUCCUGACCAGGUAACAGGCAGAUGAAGGUAAUGGUGUCUGAGGCUGCCCAAGUGUGGGCAGCACACUCUGAUUUUUGACAAACAUUUAAGCAUUAGUGUAAAUCAAGUUACUGGUACAGUAGUUUUGGUUUGGUUUGGUUUUUUUUACCUUGUAUUUUGUACUUUCAUUAUUUAUGUUUUCAUGAGUUGUAAAAUAUAAAAGCUUUAGUUUUCUGUACAUUCUGUUUGUGAUUUAGCUUUCAAACUGAUAAAUAUGUAAAUAAUGGUGGAUCAGAAGCCCAUAAUUGAUGACUUGGCAUUCAAGUAGUUCUGUAACUUUU